AUGAGUGAAACAUCAAUUACCAGAUGUAAAACUGUUACAGAAGUUGCUUGUAUCAAGUAUGAUAGUAAAAUUGACCGAUACAUAAAUGAACAUUCUUUACGUUUAUCAGAUGCUCAAAAAUGGUUGUUACAGAAAACCAAAGAUCAUCCUAACGCGCGUUACAUAAUGUCAAGUGCUGAAAUGCAACUUUUAUGCAAUAUAUGCUAUGCGAUCAAUGCUAAAAAGACAAUUGAUGUUGGAGUUUAUACUGGAUAUAGUGCAUUGUCUAUCGCUGAAAUAUUACCAUCAGAUGGAUGUGUAUUAGCUUUAGAUAUAACAGAUGAAUAUUUGAAAGAUUAUUGUAUACCAGCAUGGAAAAUGGCUAAUGUAGAAUCAAAAAUUGAUUUUCAACUUGGUCCAGCUAUUCGAACAUUAGAAAAUUUGAUUGAUAAUGGACAAAGUGAAACAUUUGAUUUCGCUUUUAUUGACGCUGAUAAAGUGAAUUACAGUAAUUAUUAUGAGCUAUGUCUGAAAUUGAUUCGUCCUCGUGGUAUCAUUGCAAUCGAUAAUGUUAUUUGGUCAGGUCGUGUAGUUGAUGAGACAAAUCAAACCUCGGAAACUGUUAGUAUAAGGCAAGUGAACGACUUAAUAGCUGUAGAUAAUCGUGUACGAAUCUCUUUAUUAAAUCUUGGUGACGGAUUGACAGUUGUUGUGAAGAAAUGA